CCAAACACGGAAUAAAUAAAACGAAAAAACUAGGAAUUUCCCUACGAGACUAUUUCACUUUCCCCUUUUUCUCGACGAUGAUCAUUCGAUAUGCUGGCAGUGCGCUAAACACAGCAAUGGGGUUUAUUUGCAGGAUGCUAGGUUUGGUUGGUUUUGAAGUGGGUAAUGAGAAUUAUACGCCCGUUCAACAACAAGAUGAUGAUAUCUAUUAUCAAGUUCAGCAAAAUGAUGGUUCAAAUCAAGUGCAGCAAAAGAGAGUGGGGGAAUUAAUUGAAGCAAUUCGUGGCAGACAAGAAAAGAAAAUGUUUUCAAGAAUUAAAACGUUUGGUGAUAGGAUUCGGGAAGACUUGAUUAAAAGAAUAAAUAAGGAAAUUCCAAAGACAAUGAAGGAAUAUAAAGGAAAGACACAACAGGAAAAAUAUGACAUUACGGAUAGUUUUCAUGAAGUUAUCGAAAAAAUAAAAUCUAAAUCAUUGCAUGCCAUUAAAAAUGAAGCAGUAAAGAAAGCUGUUUUAGAGGUUUUAAGAAGUAGAGAAAAAGAUGAGAUUGAAACAAUUAUACUUGAAAGUGAGGAGCAAGGAAAGCCAAUUGUAAAUAUUGAAUAUCAUAAUGAAAAGACUAUACCAUUGGCUGCUGCAAUAAAGACAAAGGAUAUGACUAUAGUCAAAUAUUUGCUUGAACAUGGUGCAAACGUUAAUCAGCUAGAACCCAAGUAUUUAGAACCACCUCUGUUUCUGGCGAUAGAAUGUGGACACCUUGGUAUUUUGAGUUUGCUUAUUAUGAAAAAUGCAGAUGUAAAUCAGAGAGUGGGAAGUGAGCUAAUAACGCCUCUUCACUAUGCUAUCAUGAGGAAAAACAUUGCUGCAGUUGGAGAAUUUGUCGAUUCAAACAAUCUUAAAACAAAUUUAAAAAAUAAGGCUGGAGAUACACCAUUACAUUCAGCAAUAUAUUCUGAUAAUUGCCAGAUGGUUUAUUACAUCUCAAUGGUUUGCCGACUAGAAGAUUUUGAAGAAAAAAAUAAUAAUGAACUGACCCCACAAGAAAUAAAUUCUCCCUUUUCACUGGAAUCUAAGAAGAUCCUGAAAGAAUGUAAAACAUGGAGAAAAAAGCACGAAGAUGAUCGAGAUGAUCUAUGGGAAGACCAACUAAAAGUUUUCCAGCAAAAUAUUAAUACUCAAUUACAAAUUAGCGGUGCCAGUAUUACACUGAUAAUUCCUCGCCGUGCACAUAAUGUAUUUGUUCCUGCCGCACAUACAGUGGUUGUGGCUGAUACUAUUGAAAAUAAAGUUAUCAACAACAGUAUUUGUGGUAAAAGUAAUAAUGUUUAUGCUAUCCAAGAAUCAAGUCAAGAUGUAAAAUCCCAGAAUGUUAUAUCAACAGGAGAUACUACUAUAAUUAAUAUGGAUAUGGAUUCUGAAGUGGACAACCAACACGAUCAAGUUACCAAAAGAGUAGAGUUAGUAAAACCCUUUCACAAUGACGACGAAAAUGGUGCAGACAGUAACGGAAGAGGUAAUCCAUUAAACAUUUCGGAGGAAAGCAAUGAUCAAAAAAUUGAUACAACAUUGGCAUCCACAGCACCUUGUUCUGUGUUUCAAGUAUCAGAUCUGGAUUUCGAAAACGAAAACCCAUCAAAACAACAAAACUUAUGUGAUGAAAACAAAACUGAAUCUCCUACAACUUCAAUCUCACAUAGUAACACCGAGAACUGGUGGACAUAUAAAAAUACAUUGAAUCAGGACACCAGACUAUACACUACAUCAAAUGAUAGUGUAAUGAAUGUCAACAUAGCAAUGUUGAUGGAAACAGACAACGAUUGGUGGAAGGUGUCAUAACCAGUUAAAGAUUUAAAUUACAAUUAUCAUCUAAAGAAGGGAAGACAUAUUGCUAUUCUAAUUAUGGCUUCCUUGGUGUGGUAAUUAAAAUAAAUGGCGUUAGAAGUAACUUUCAAUACCAACCAGAAUAAUACAUAUUACACUAGAAUUGCAAAUAAAUUCUGCAGUAAAAAGACAUGCAAUAUUUUUUAUUAUUUCCUACAAACUUUACCAAGGUUAUUGUUAUUUACUCUCACUAAACAAGUCACAAGGAUUUUGAUAUUUUCUUUCGGAUAUAACAUAUGCUUGAAAUAUAAUUAUUCCCAAUGAUCUGGGAGAAUUGACUAACAAAACAAAGUCAAAGAGCAAAGUUAUUGUUCUUAACACAAUAGCUUCAGUUAUGAAUUAUGUAUGCAUAAUGUCAAUGUGAUUUAUGUGCAAAAUUUUGCAAUUUUUAUUUUUAAGAUAUACAUAUCAUUUUGCAAUUUUAAAACUGUUUUUUAUAUAUAAAAACAGUUUUUAGUUCUUGUGUAGAGUUGUUCAUAAUUUGUAAGAUUUUGAUGUUUUUAGUACUUAUACUUUUUUAGAUCUGAAAAUCAGACUAUGAUAUAAUAUUUACAUAUCGUCUGACAAUAAAAAUGAAUAAAAAGAGCCUGCCUUUUUAAUUUUUAAUCUAGAAUAUUAUUGCGUUUUUAUUGUAUUUCGGUAAUGUAAAUUUAAAAGGC